AAAAGUCAAACGAUCAGAAUAUAGGUAGAAUACAUCCAUUGUUUGUGGGACAUUUAUUACAUAAAAAACUCAAAAUGAGCAGUAAAAUAACAACUAUAAGUCGCGCAGGAUUAAAUCGAACCAAAGUAGGGCUCAGGAAUUUUGAGGAUGCUAAUGAUCUAGUUUGCAGUGAUGCGCUUAAAUCUGAAAAUCUAAAGGCUUACAUUCCAAGUAAUUUGCUCAUAAGAAAGGGUUUGAUUAAAGGAGUAGACACUUAUUUUACCGAGGAAUACAUGGACGAUAACAUAACAUCUAAAAUCAGUGUAUUGGAUGUAAAAAGAUUAAAAAGAAGGAUAAACAACAAUGGCGUACAGGAAUUUGUCGCGAAGCAAAUGGCUGUCGUAACAUUUGACGGUAAUUUAUUACCAAACGAAAUAAGUAUUAAUAGCGUGUUAUUUCAAGUAGAGCCUUUUGUCCAAAGAGUAAUUCAAUGCUACAAAUGUUUGCGCUUUGGACACGUUUCUGGUCAGUGUCGUAGCACUCACACCCGAUGUGUCGUAUAUUGUCAAAUAAAAGAAGAAGGCCAUAACUGUGAUGACAGUAACACAUAUUGCCUAUAUUGUAAGAAUUCCAACCACCGAUCCACCUCAAAGGACUGCCCUCCCUUUCAGACACAACAAAAAAUAAAAAAAAAACUAUGGCAUUGUCUAACAUGA